CUGGUCAUAUUAAAAGAGAGACCCGAAGGUAACCGGAGAGUAUCCGAACCCCGAUUUCUUCAACACUGUAAACAGAACUCCCUUUCACUCUCUCUUAACGGUCAGCGCGACGUCGUGUAAACAUUGGUGCUCUGUCUGAAACUGAAAUUGAAACAGAGCAAAGCCAAGUACGGAAGAAGAUGUUGAAUCAAGAAGAAUCCGUUAGGCUAUUUGCAAUCUUGAAAGUAGACCAAAAGCCGGUGGAGGAGAUAGUCUCCGAUUUCAUAUCCAAAUUCCCUCUCCAGCGCCACUUUGCUAUUUGCUACUCUCUCUUUCUUUUGCUAGAGGAUAAAAGGGCGCUGAAUGCAACCGAACGUUUAGUUGCAUUUUCCAUUCUAUAUCAGGCUUAUUCUUCCCAAAAAUCUUCUGCAAACCCAUUUAUAUCUUUAAUAAUAAAUACUGCAUGUGAUGAUGAAGCUGAAAAAUAUGAGAGAGCAUUUAUUCUCCAGUUGUUAAACUCCGGAAGCUCCAGUAGUAGUAAAGAGUUUCUUAAACAGUCAGUUGCCGACUACAUCAACGGUUUUGAUCCUUCAUCUCAUUCUUUCCCCGAACAAGAACAGUUGCAGCAGCAGUAUUGUGAUAAAGUACAUCCGGAACCAUACAAUUCCUUAUAUAGAAAUGCUGCCGUGAACAAUGUGUUGCCAGACCCUGAUGUACCCCGUGGCUGUGAUGCAAAUUCACCAGAGUUUGAUGUGCAAACUGGAGCCAAAUCUAAACUUGGAGCUGGGGAUCGAGAUGAGGCUGUAACUGAAUUGUUGGCGAAUCUUUCAUUGAAAGGCUUAGGUCCUCGAUGGAUCAGGCCUCUUCCACCAAGGUUCCCUGUUCUGGACAGGGAGCUUGAGUGGCUUAUUCCUGAUAACAAUCAUGAGCUUGUUUGGGAUCAUGGUAUGUGUGCUGAUACAAGUAGAGGAGCUGCAGUUAGGGAUUUGAUCACUAAAGCUUUAAAAGGACCCCUACUGCCUACACAAUAUGAGCAAGUUGUAGUUGAGUUGGCAAAUGAUCCGAAGCUCGUAUAUCAUUGUGGACUGACACCGAGGAAAUUACCAGAGUUGGUGGAAAACAAUCCACUGAUUGCAGUCGAUGUUCUUACGAAGUUAAUCAAUUCGCCUGAAAUUUCUGAGUACUAUACAGUUCUUGUCAAUAUGGAUAUGAGUUUACAUUCGAUGGAAGUCGUAAACAGGCUUACAACUGCUGUUGAACUUCCAAAGGAAUUUGUACGCAUGUACAUAACUAACUGUAUAUCAUCUUGUCAGAACAUCAAGGAUAAGUACAUGCAGAACAGACUGGUACGGCUUGUUUGUGUUUUCUUACAGAGUCUAAUCCGUAAUAGAAUUAUUGAUGUUAAGGAUCUUUUCAUCGAAGUUCAGGCUUUUUGCAUCGAGUUCUCACGAAUUAGAGAAGCAGCGACAUUAUUUAGGCUUCUGAAGACCUUGGGGUUGGAAUGAAUGACGUUAGCAAUUCUAAGUUGGUCCUAGUCCUACUGCUGUAUCUCAUUUCUAUUCUUUUCUGGGUUUGUAGAUAAAAACAUUGGUAUUGGAGUUCUAGUUAAGUUACCGUUAGUUAUGGAAGUUUAGGAAUAGAAUACCGUUGGCCAUUUAUGCAAUAAGGUAGAUAAUUUUGGCAUAGUUCGUCAAACCAUUUCCGGGACUUUCUGUUGAUUUUGUGUGCAGAAUGAGAUUUUAAUUUUUAGUAUUAGCAGCUGGCUUUAUUUACUUCAGCCGUUUUAUUUAUGGACGGUUUUUGUAGAUUAUAUUAUAAUUGAGCAGAUUGUAGUGAACUUUGUGACAAUUCCUUAUUAAGCAAUGGAGUUAUAGGUAUUUUCA